CACAUCCCUCCAGCUAUCACACUCUCCCUCCACUCCACACUGCACUGACAUCUCCCCUCCCCUCCCCUCUUGACAGCGCCGAACUGAUGCCUCCCUAACGUGUACCCCUUCUCCUCCUCCGUCACCGGACGUGUGGGGGACUUCGCACGCACACUAGCAAAUACAUGAUGGCGAUGGGUGCAGCACGUUGCGAGCAGGCGCGAGUGAUGGUGCCGGAGGACUAUAUGGUGCGCGCGCUGACCCAUGACUCCUCACUCACAACUACUCACCAUGGCGACCUCCAGCGACGGACACUCUCCCCCUGGCCCCUCUUCCCCUACUUCAGCCUCCCUCUCCCUCCCAUCCACGCCGACCCGGCCCCCCACUCCCCCCUCGCCAACAGGCAGCGUACGCAGCACACGCUCGAUCUCGUCGGCGCGCCUCGCGCGCCUCCGUUCGGUCGAGGACGAGAUCGUUACGGGUCGCCGUGCCAUCCGCCCCACAUCAACCAUCACCCCUACGACACUGUACGCCUUCCUCGGAGUGCGGCCCGAGAUCGAGCAUGCCGAGCUACGCCGCCUGUACGCAGUGCACGUUGACCAGCGCCGCACGUCCAACUCCCCUUUGACAGGCAGCGUGACGCAGCGUGCAGCGCUCAUAACAUCAGUCGAGCGCUCUGAGCUUCGCGAUGCGAUCUUCAACCUCCUCCUCGACCGCGAGACGCGCCGCGCCUACGACGCCGGCCUGCACCGCGAAGGCGAUGUUCGCGAGGGCAGCCCGAUGUCCUCGCUCUACUCUGUGCGCAGGGAGUCUGUUUCACGCGAGGAGACGUCCUCGCCAUCGUCCAUUCGCUCCCCUCCCGAGGCGUCCUCGCCUAACGCGACCAUCCGUGCUAACACGGCGCCACCUUUGCACACCAGCACUCGGUUCGCGGAGCUCUCCGACCUCCCCGACCUACCGGGCUGGUGCCCGCUCACCCACCAGCGCGGUGUGGCCCAGCUCGUCGACCGCGGACUGCAAGUGCAAGAGCGCCGCAUGUGGCGCCGCGGUCCCCGCACUCCAGUUGUUGAGGUGUUUCAGCUCCCGCCACUGGCGCCGCUAUCCCCUAUCGAGCCGCUGGUGCCCAUCCUAGCUCUCGCGCCGACCCAGGCUGCAACUGUGCGUUCGAACUUCUUCGCCGCUCCUAGUUCGGGCCCGCCAGCAUCGCCCAACGCACCUGCCCCUCCCGCCCCACUCGGGUAUCCAGUACCUCCAACGUUCCCUGCUGCGCCUGCGUCUCCCGUUUCGCCCGUGUCUCCCACCUCGCCCACGUAUCUGUUGCCCGCGCCUCCAAACUCACCCGUCUCUCCAACUCCCCAUGCCCCGCUCCCGACCACCUCAGUCAGCACGUUGCUUCCGGCGACGCCGCGCCGCCCUCCGCGCCCGACACGACCGCUCCCGCCCAUUCCGCGUCCCUCGCCGCCUUCGCCUCCUCCGCCCACUCCGUCUCCGGCCCCUCCUCCUUCGUCGCCCUCUCAGCCUACGCAAGUCUCUAUCCACAGCUUCCCCAUAGACCCAUCUCCGCCUCGGCCAGUCACCCGCCAUCCUGACCUCAGUUCGCCUGUCUCUCUCCGCGGACCUGGACACCGCAAGCCGUCGCCGUCACUCACCCCGAGCCUCCUCGCGGCGAUACAGGAGGAGGAGCAGCGCCGCUCGUCAUCCUCGGCAAGGGACCAGCUCAAACAACUGCACAAGCAGCAGACGGACCAACUCAAGCAGCAGCAGCAGCAGCGGGGCAGGCCGGCCUCUGACCCACACUCGGAUGAGGUCGCCACGGGCUGUUUGGGCUUGGGUCGUCGCCUCAAGAACCUCACUCGCCGAAUCAAGGCAAAGCCUCAGGUCACUAUUGCAGUCGCGAACGCUUCAAAUGAUCCCAACCCACCCCCCUCUCCCCCUCCCGAGUCCUUCAAUGUGAACGCAUACCCCGGUUCGAUGGUGCCAGGCUAUAUUUUAGUGAACGACGACCAGAAGCCGACGCCGCACAAAGCCCACGUCCGCUUCAUCUCGGACCCAGACGUUCGCUACAUCACGAACCAGCACGUUGACUCGAGCGACACGCCAGAGAGUGACACCGGCCCAGUUGACGACACCGUGGUCACGCCGCCGAACCAGCCCACCGAGUCGGCGGGCACAGAGGCGGCCGCUGCUAGUGUGCCCGCACCUCCGGCACAAGGGCUGCCCAAACCCGUCCGCGGCAUACUCAAGCCUCUGCGCGACACCUCGCCGGUGGACGCCCCGGAAUCUAUCCGCAACGCGAUUCUUGAGGUGUCGCACAAGUUCACGCAGCCGCCGACCGCUCUGGUCACUAUGCCGGCUCCGACGAUACCGCACAAGCUCGAGCCACUGCAGCCAGCUGCCGCACCAGACUCCAAGCCGGCCCACACCUCGAUCCCAAACGUACACCUCAAGCCGCUACCCCCACUCCCGCAUACCGCUGCGCACGCUGCGCCGGCCGAGACCCCGACGCGUCGCAUCCAGCGCAAACCGGUACCGUCACUGACAGUCGCGGCUGAGCCAGCGCCCGAGGCAAACCUAGCGCGCGACCCGAGCGACCUCCCCGCGCCCCCCACCACCGGGGACUCCGCGCCCGUCGAUGGCGGCCAGAGCACGCUCCGCGCGUCGCCCGACCCCCCUCCGUCACCUACCCUGCCCCUUGCACCACCCGCCGACGCCGCCGAGACCCCCGCGGGCCGCGUCUACCGCAUCCUCGGCCAGCUGUACGACGCGGUGGCCGCCAUGGCGCGCGACACGGAUGCCCCCGACCUCGACAACGGCUACCCGCCCCGCGGGCCGUCGCCGCUGCGCCGCGUCCCGCGCGUCACGCCGCGCGGCCACUCCCGCAGCGCCCACGGCGCCGUGUACCGCCCCCUCAACGUGCACGUGCCUACGCCGCCGGGCGAGUGGCUCUGGGCGCCCUCGCCGCCGCAGAGCGCGUGGGAGCGCGUCCAGUGGUGGUGGCGCCGCAGCGUGGACAUGGCGCGCCGCCGCGUGGCCGAGUGGAUGCGGCGCGUGGGUGAGUGGAGCAGGUCGCGUCCCGGGUGGUAUUGGCGCGCGCGCUUUGCCAUGGUCAGCCGAGGGUAGUCACCUGAGACGUCUUGAUACACACUCGUUACAGCCAUACCCUGUUUGUACAACCAUGUUAUACCCUGUGAG